UAUUCUACGAAAAAUGGCGGCCCUCUGUAGUGAGUUUGGAGAUUUAGUGCAAAUCAAGAAACAACUGAUAUCUGUGAUAUCGCUUUGUAAAGAAAGAGGACUGGUACACAGCGUGAAAUGGGCAUCAGAGCUAGCAUUUGCCUUGGAGCCGCUGCCCAAAAACGAAUUACCUCCACCAGCACCUUUCACCGAGGAGGAUGCUCAGGACUUAGAUGCUCUUGGUUUAGCCAAGUCUUACUUUGACCUGAAGGAGUAUGACCGCGCUGCUUACUUCCUACGAGGCUGCCGUAGCCAGAAAGCCUACUUCCUCUUCAUGUAUUCCCGCUACCUGUCAGGAGAGAAGAAGAAGGACGAUGAGACUGUAGACAGCCUCGGGCCUCUGGAGAAGGGGCAGGUGAGGAACGAGGCUUUGCGUGAGCUGAGGGUGGAGCUGAGCAAGAAGCACAGCGCUGGGGAGCUGGACGGCUUCGCUCUCUACCUGUACGGAGUGGUGCUGAGGAAGCUGGACCUGCUGAAAGAGGCGGUGGACGUGUUCGUGGAGGCUGCCCACGCUCUGCCUCUACACUGGGGCGCAUGGUUGGAGCUCUGUAACCUCGUCACCAACAUAGAAAUGCUCAAGUCACUGUCUCUGCCGGACUGCUGGAUCCGAGACUUCUUCCUGGCCCACAUGUACACGGAGCUGCAGAUGAUCAAGGAGGCCCUGCAGAAGUACCAGAGUCUCAUCGAGGCAGGCUUCUCCAAGAGCACCUACGUCAUCUCCCAGAUCGCCGUGGCCUACCACAACAUCCGAGAUAUCGACCAGGCCCUGGCUCUGUUUAAUGAGUUGAGAGAACAGGAUCCUUUCCGCAUCGAGAACAUGGACACCUUCUCCAACCUCCUCUAUGUCAGGAGCAUGAAGCCGGAGCUGAGCUAUUUAGCACACAACUUGGUGGAGAUAGACAAGUACAGAGUGGAGACCUGUUGCGUUAUCGGUAACUACUACAGCCUGCGCUCGCAGCACGAGAAGGCAGCUCUGUACUUCCAGAGAGCUCUGAAGCUGAACCCCCGCUGCCUGGGCGCCUGGACCCUGAUGGGCCACGAGUACAUGGAGAUGAAGAACACCUCAGCCGCCAUUCAGGCCUACAGACACGCCAUAGAGGUGAACAAGAGGGACUACCGGGCCUGGUACGGCCUGGGCCAGACCUACGAGAUCCUGAAGAUGCCCUUCUACUGCCUCUACUACUACCGAAAGGCUCACCAGCUCAGGCCCAACGACUCGCGCAUGCUGGUCGCUCUGGGGGAGAGCUACGAGAAACUGUCCCAGCAAGUCGAGGCCAAGAAGUGUUACUGGAGGGCGUACUCUGUAGGGGACGUGGAGAGAAUGGCCCUACUCAAACUAGCCAAGCUCCACGAACAGCUGAACGAGUCAGACGACGCCGCCCAAUGCUACAUCAUAUACAUCCAGGACAUCUUCUCCUGUGGGGAGCAGCUGGAGCACGCGGAGGUUAGCACGGCGCUACGCUACCUGGGCCAGUUCUACUUCAAGAACAAGCUGUACGACGAGGCGUCGCUCUGCGCCCAGCGCUGCUGCGACUACAACGACGCUCGUGAGGAGGGCAAGGCCCUGCUGAGACAGAUCUCCCAGGUCAGGGAUCACACGGAGAUGUCGCCCACCGAGCUGUUUGCGCCGCUCUCCAACAACAACACGCCCGUGAGGAGGAUGUCUCCCCUCAACCUGUCCUCCUUCACCCCCUGAAACACCCUUCCUCUCUCCCCCUGUCUCACCCCUCCACCCACCCACCGGGCUGGCCUCUGCAUCAGACGACAGCCUUCUCUCUCUCUCUGCCUCGCGUGGUCAGAAUGCACAGCGCCGACCGGAUCCAUCGAGCCCCGUGUCACGGAUGUGUCGAGGAUCAUAACGUCAAUUUUUUCGAAAUGUCCCUGUAAAUAUGUUGUUUUGUUUGUUUACGUGCGUGGUGGUGCAUGAGCGAUUGUGUAAUCGUGAAGCCGAGUUGAAUAAAGUA